GCUAAUUUGGGGUUGAAACUUCUUGUCCAACUUGGGCGAGGUGUGGGAAUUUUUCUUGUGUUGGAGCCCUUGUUUCUCAAAUUCACUGCUGCGUUCUUGGUGUAUUUGAUCAUCCGGAGUUGUCUGUGAGGCUGCGUCCGGGCAGGCUCCCAGGUCGAGUCCAUUGUUUGCCGCUCCCUGCCCUGCCUGCCGCUCCCUGCCCUGCUUGGCGAGAAUGUCGCAGUUGCCUAGUAUUAUCAGCACCAGCAUCAGCCAGCCCCUGAUUCCUUUGGUCCAGCGUCCCGCCUUCGCUGGCAUGUGUCGCGAUCCCUGCUUCUUGCCCUCCACGAUAGCACCGUUUGUGAUAGUCUGAGUGUCAGCCGCCGAGCAAGGUGCCGUUCUGGUGGGUACACAAUUGCCGUCACGGUGCAGCCACGAGGGACUGACGGAUCGGCAAAAGGCUUUGCACACAGUGGUCCCCUUGCUCGUUUGGGCUUUGAAUAGAACGUCCAUAUUCUGCUGCGGCAUGCACAGCUCCUAUGUUCGCCUUUUUCACUUGUUCAGAAAUUCAAACCGAGCUCGUUGGUGUAUGUUGGGCGUAGUGUAGCAGUAUGUAUCUAUAUUAGUUAGUGUUAGUGCUGGUGUGUGCAUGUGUGCAUGUGUGCGUAUGUAUGUGGCCCGCGGGUGGUGAUGGCGACCGGAAGGCCCCAAAGAGGCCGGAAGCUCUGGCUCCAGCCGUGAACACUGCUGCUGCCAUCGUGGCAGAGCUGCAGCCAGCAGGUGAGACGCGCCCAGUUGCGGUGGGGGCCCUCGAGGAGGUCACACAAGCGCAGCCGCAGCAGCAGCAGGGACAGGAGGAGAACCCCAGCAGCCACGUGCAGGAGCUGGUGAGCGCCGACGCCAGGAAGGGCUUCCUGCUGUGCGGUGCCUUCAACAAGAACGAGAACAAUGACGUCGUCGCAGUUGGUGUUCCCCACAGCACCAUGCACGAGCGCAUGCAGCCUACCGACUUGAUCCCGAUGGCGGUGGUGAAGGUGGUGGCCAGCGUCUCUGCUACAACGACUGUGAGCGUGGGCGGCAGGCAGAUCAAGUUCGUCAAGGCGCAGGCCAUGGUGAACUGGCCGCUGUCGGGAGUCUACACAAGCUGGGAGGGCAAGACACCGGCUAGCUUUGGCUGCACAGAGAAGCAGCUGGAGAACGCCAAGAAGUAGGGGAAGUAGAGGGAUAGUGCUUGGACAGUAAAUUACAUUGCAGGAUGCCCUUGGUCUGUUGGGCAGUAGCAUGGCGUGCGGGAUAGGUGCACCAAAGCAAGUAGUACGACUGGCGGCGGGGGGCAGUGGGCGGUGAAUGUUGUUGAGUCCAUGCAAGCACUUGUUGGUCAUGAAGCUGGCUUACAUGCGUGUCAAGGUGUGCCAAAGAGUCAUGUUGGUGCUGCAAUUUAAUACAGUACACUGUUGACAAUGAGAUACUUCUGGGGGCGCCGGGGGGUAGGGCGGCAGCCGGGUAGGGCGGCAGCCGGGGGCUGGGGGGUAGGGCGGCAGCCGGGCGCCGGGGGGUAGGGCGGCAGCCGGGAGCCGGGGGCUGGGGGCGGCAGCUGGGCGGGCCUGGGCGGCAGCUGGGCGAGCCUGGGCGGCAGCUGGGCGGCCCUGGGCGGCAGCUGGGCGGGCCUGGGCGGCAGCUGGGCGGGGCCUGGGCGGCAGCUGGGCGGGCCUGGGCGGCAGCUGGGCGGGGCCUGGGCGACGGUAACCAAGCGCGGUAACCAAGCAGUCACCAAUGGUUACCGCCGGUCACUGAACGGUAACUGGUCGGUCAGCCGCUGGUUACCAUGCCUUCUGUUAACCGACGGUAACCAGUGAAGUGGUCUAUAGACCGUCGGUCUGCCGUCUCUAGUCCAAUUAGACCGAUGGUAACCGAGGUGUCAAAGCCGUCGUUCUCACGGGGAUAACCGCCAGGUAACCGGUGAUUUGCCGAUGGUUUAAUGGGGGCUGGAACGGUAGGGACACAAGGCCCUGCAUGCCCCCUCCACCUCCACCCUAUGGUUCCACCCUGUGCUCCCCUACCUCCAGCGGUCCCAAACCCCAGCACCACGCCAUCAUGUGCCACCAGUGAGCCCACACGGCCUGCCACAUCUAUGAGCAGACUUGGUGGUAGAUCAAGUAGCACCUUGGACCCAGCACAUAUUGCGUCCAUCAUGCGGCAGGCCCAGGACUUGUCAGAGCAUCACACUACCCCUCCACCUUCUUUCGUGUGGCGUGACCAAGCUGCUCAUGGCAGGUCUGAAAUUUUGGGCGCCCAAGUCCAUGGCGGAAGUGGGGCACAUGCCUUGCCAACCAUCCGGGAUUUUCCAUCGCACGUGAUGGGUGCGGCUGCUGGGGCAUCUGGCUCAGGCGCUCCUUCGGGCAGUUUGGGCCAGUCCACCAUCCUGGCAACACCUUUAACAGAACUUAUUGGCGGCACUAAUACCAUCUCUGACAGCAUGCUUUGCGAGCUUGGACGCCAAAUGAUGAGCAUGUGUUGUAAUUUGCUUGGGUCUGCUGGCAGUGGCGGAGUGGCUGCUUUAAGCGCACGGCAGCUUGGUGUAACAACUGUGGAGGCGCUUUCUAAUCAGGCAAUGGAGUCCUUUAUUGACGAGGAUGCUGGUAUUGAUGGUGUUGGCAGCGAAAGCGACGAUGAGGAUGAUGGCAGCGACAACACUGGUGGCGGGCUGGCGGCUGCCACGGCUGUCGCUGACACUGGUGCUGCUGCAGCAGCUGGCGCAGCACCCAUCAUCAUGCACGGGGCCAGUGCCAAUCUUCAGCCAGAUGCUGCCGAGCGCCAGUUGCUGCAGUCGCAGUUUGGCUGGUCCGCUGUUGUUGUAUCUGCCCAGCCAAUAAUGGAUAACAAGUUGCCAGUUGCUUAUCUGGAGGCUUUGAAGGACAAGGCUGCUCGGGCACCAGACCAGACUGCCAUCCUGCAGGCAGCACGGCUUCAGGGCCCACGUGUGACCAAGGGACGUGGCCAGCUUCGACAUCAUAUUGGCAGGGCUGAUAUUGCUCAGCUUAUGGCCGCAACAGAAAAUCUGGAAAUUUGGGCAAGGCUAAACUCAAGUGUUCUUGCUCAGGUUGCGUGGGCAGACUCGUAAGUAACCCGCAGAAUGAGUGUGCCGCUGCAUGGGUGGACUGUCAACCAUAUUGUGUGAUGCAGGAUCCUGGGCACCUGGAUUCAUCAGCAUAAUCAUGGCCAGCAUGGUGACAUUUUAAUUGGUUGGGACAAGCGUGGCCUACACUACCGAGCAUUGUUGGCUUUCCUUGUAAACAUUGCAGACCUUAAGAGUGUGCGGUCUGGGGCAAUCCCCCAGUCACCCAGUGAGCCGGUUGAGGGCUACUGUGUGAGCACUACUCUGGUUGGGUUUCUGCGGUGCCUAGAUAUACUGCACCGGCUGCGCGGCUUCACCAUGUGUCCAAAUGUACGGCGAGGGCUACGGGAGUACGUCCUGCGAGUGCUGCGUAAAAUGGUGAGCCCUCGGUCUUUAAACUGCUGAGGGGAUUGUCGCCUGACCCCAUGCAUGUGAUUCAUACGCAGUAUCCUCAUGUCAUACGGACUGCAAAGCCGGUUCUUCCAACGGUACUUGCUGACAUGCAGCAUGUUAGCGAGCUGAAGCCUAUGAAGGCAUCUUUGGACCAUAACACACACACCCGUUACAUGGCAGACUACAGUCAUAAGUGGGCAACCAUCCGCAUGAUGGUUCACAUGGCGUGGGCUGGACGUCGAAUGGGGCAUGUGAUGAGGCUUAAGCUGGGGGACUUGCAGUUUCAGUACUGCUCCUCAUGUACUGUCAGCACUUCCAGCACGGCAACAUCAUCAUGGUACCUGAAGCUGCGCAUUGCAUUUGCCAAGAACAAGUGUACUGACGGCAGCUUUCAGAGUGUCAUACUAAACUCAGAGAAU